UGCGAUAUGAAAUAACACUUCAUCCGUCCGCUCGUCGUCCAGUAGAAUCAUAUCCAAUUGGAAUCAUCACCAAACGUCAAGAUGAGCCACCCGACACACCCAGCGACAGUGCACUUCCCCAUCACCACCACCUUCCUUACAGGUGCUCUGGAUGCCGUCUACUUCCUCUCCAAGUAUGCGCCAACCUCCAGCGCCGUGGCCUCGACCUUCAAAACCUUCGACAUCGCCAUAAACCCGUCCAUCUUCCCCCUCCUCUCAUACUACACUACGCUCCUCACGCUCCUCUUCUCCGCCCCGGCGGUCGCGACCGGCAUGUACGAGUUCAUACCGCUAGUCAAGCGCGACGGCUUGAAGUCGAAGAAGGCACAGGUCGGCGCGCUGCACGCCGUCAUCAACGACGUGACGGUGCUAGGUGCGGCGUUCAACUGGUGGACACGGAGGAGUAACCCGGGCAUGGUGCCGAGCGAUACCAAUAUUCUGAUUAGCAGUGUUAUUGCGCUGCCGGCGACGAUGUUCGCGGCGUACCUAGGCGGUAGUCUGGUGUAUGUUUAUGGUAUGGGGUUUAGGGGUGGUCAGGCAAAGGCAAAGAAGGCGCAGUAGAGACGAGGGAGUCGAAGAGUGUAUGAGUGCGUUGCCACGACUUCAGAACGAGAUUGGACAAUUCAUCGUGCUACGGGGUCGUAACACGCGUUGUUGAUUAGUCACGGUUCCAUCCCACGUCUACUCGUUUCCUACCAUGUUCACAUAAAGACAAUAUCGUCCAUUUGAGUUGCUAUCUGGAGAAACUGAGCUUAGAG